GAUGGCCAAACGGCUACCUAAUGUUGUUUCUACAAAAUGAAAAGAACAAGCCAAUUGGAAUGGGGGUGGGGUUUGUACAAGGCCCAAUCUGUCCUUGAGCCGUGGCAUUAGCAAAUAGGGAAGGUGGAGAAGCGGGAAAAACACACACUAGUGCUUCUGAUAGAGUUAAAUGGCGACAUGGGGUGCAUUUUUGGGAACAAGGGUAAUGGAAAUAGUGAAGAAACAUGAUUCUGGCGGCCUUGUUUGGAAGAGAAUUAAACUCACCACUACUCGUAAAGCUAAUGCUAAGAAACGUCUUCGCCGUGUUUGGCAGAAUGAAGCUGUGUUGAGGGCAUGUUCUGAACCACCUCCAUCGAAAACUGCAGAGGUUGAUGCCAGACAGAUAAGUAAUGUGCAAUUAAAAAACAGUAAGAGUUAGUUCAGAAAAGGGUGAACGAGUAUGAAGAGGCAAAAUGGAAUAUGGACACAGCUGCUUGCAAGGUCUUUAUUAUUAACCCUGGUUAACGACAUUAGUGGACUACACUUGAUUUUUACUUUACCUGUUAGCGUACUAUGUUAGUAUCUAGUGAAGUGAUUUGGAUAUCUCACUUCCACAUGGGCUACUCUAGAUCAUGCAUGUUUUAGCUGACACAAAUAUCUCCUUCGUCGUUGGUGAUCCAAGUAUAAUUAUCUGAGCUUACUGUACUGAAUAUCUACAUCUAUGACAAUUUAUCAUGUGGAAUCUAUCCCGAGGCUGUGCCUCUGUUUGUGUUUGAUCA